AUUUGGACUCACGGGAAUAAAUACUAUAAUAUUAAAAAUAGCUUUAUAGCAUAAACAAGAGUUACACAUCUACUUUAACCAUCUUUAAUACAAUCCAGUAAAAAUGCGUGAGUGUAUCUCCGUUCAUGUGGGCCAGGCGGGAGUUCAGAUUGGGAACGCGUGCUGGGAGCUCUACUGUCUGGAGCACGGCAUCCAGGCGGACGGACACAUGCCAAGCGACCACACCACCUCCGGCGGAGACCAGUCCUUCAACACCUUCUUCAGCGAGACCGGUGCUGGGAAACACGUUCCAAGAGCGGUGUUCGUGGAUCUAGAGCCCACCGUUGUUGAUGAGGUUCGAACUGGAACAUACCGACAGCUGUUUCACCCAGAGCAGCUGAUCACUGGGAAGGAGGAUGCCGCCAACAAUUACGCCAGAGGACAUUACACCAUUGGCAAAGAAAUCGUGGACCUGGUUCUUGACCGUGUUCGCAAACUGUGCGAUCAGUGCACUGGACUGCAGGGAUUCCUCAUCUUCCACAGCUUCGGUGGAGGAACCGGUUCGGGUUUUGCAUCUCUUUUAAUGGAGAGAUUGUCUGUUGACUAUGGCAAGAAAGCCAAGCUUGAGUUUGCUGUAUAUCCUGCACCACAGGUUUCCACCGCAGUGGUUGAGCCCUACAACUCCAUCCUGACCACACACACCACCCUGGAGCACUCGGACUGCGCCUUCAUGGUGGACAACGAGGCAAUCUACGACAUCUGCCGGCGAAACCUGGACAUCGAGCGGCCCACAUACACCAACCUCAACCGGCUCAUCGGCCAGAUCGUGUCCUCCAUCACUGCCUCCCUGCGUUUUGACGGAGCCCUCAACGUGGACCUGACCGAGUUCCAGACCAACCUGGUGCCAUACCCACGCAUCCAUUUCCCACUGGUCACCUAUGCGCCGGUGAUCUCAGCAGAGAAGGCCUACCACGAGCAACUGUCUGUGGUGGAGAUCACCAAUGCCUGCUUCGAGCCAGCCAACCAGAUGGUUAAGUGCGACCCUCGGCACGGGAAGUACAUGGCCUGCUGCAUGCUGUACCGCGGAGACGUCGUGCCCAAGGACGUCAACGCCGCCAUCGGAAGCAUAAAGACUAAGAGGACCAUUCAGUUUGUGGACUGGUGUCCCACAGGCUUCAAGGUCGGGAUCAACUACCAGCCGCCGACUGUGGUUCCAGGAGGAGACCUGGCCAAAGUCCAGAGAGCAGUGUGUAUGUUGAGCAACACCACAGCCAUCGCUGAGGCCUGGGCCCGACUGGAUCACAAGUUUGAUCUCAUGUACGCAAAGAGAGCCUUUGUGCACUGGUACGUCGGAGAAGGCAUGGAGGAGGGUGAGUUUGCGGAGGCCCGGGAAGAUUUAGCCGCUCUGGAGAAAGAUUAUGAAGAGGUGGGUGUGGACACUGCUGAUGGAGAAGGAGAAGCGGAGGGGGAAGAAUAAGCUUGAGUUCACUACUAAAGUUCCAAUAAAUAAUAAAUAUGGACACCUUUAUUAAUCUUUUAGGCAUUUAUUAAUCAGCAUAAAAAAGUGUAGUCACCACUAACUAAUCUAAACAGCUACAAUUUACAGUACUUUACAUAAGGAGUGUUACAGGUUACCACGCUAUUGAUAAACAGUUCAGAAGGGUUCUGCACCAUUAAUUGUCUUGAGAAACAGAAAAUUAAUUGUAAAUGGCUUUGAAGAUUCAAAGCACGACGACUGAUUAAAUGCUUUCUUCGUCUUCAUUAAA